AGGAGAGAGAGGCCAAGUGGUGGCUCAAGAAUAAGUUUUCAGCAACCACUCAGUACCCCUCACUCUCCUCCGCGAGGCCUCUAGCUCGGUCGCAGUAUAGCCUCGCGCUCCCACCGCAGGACCUCUACAAGCAGGGCGUUUCCAUAGCGACACGUCGUGGCGUUCUCAGCUUUCGUCACUUCCGCCUCACGAUCCAAGAUGGCGGCCCUCUUGGAAGACAGGGAAUUACAGGGGAUGAGGCAUCGAUUUCAAACACAUGCGGAGUAUUUACUCCGUGAAUCGGGAGCCGAGGAGCCCGAUAGAUCUGAAGAGGAAAAGAAAAAGCAGAAGCCACUCCCCAGGAUAAACAUACAUUCUGUGUUCUGGAUAUUGGCAGCUAUUUCCCUGACUUUUUACGUUGAGUUUUUUCAGGUUGUUCAAGACGUCCUACAGGAAAGAUGCACGUGGUUCCUCACUGGCACAUUCACGCUGGCGAUCAGUUUAUCUGUCGCGUUGUACUGCAUCAUUUAUCUCGAGUGGAUUUGCGGGAUCCGUGAAUAUGAUGCAAAGUAUCCUGCUUUAGUCCCUGUAGCAAUUACUUCCUUUAUUACUACAGCAAUUUGCUACAAUGUUUCUUUAUGGCCAGUGUGGUCAUUUUUCACUCCAUUGCUGCUAUUUACCCAGUUUAUGGGUGUUGUGAUGCUGGUCUCUCUACUUGGGUGAAUCCGUGAAGGAAUUUCAGCCCAUGGGGAUCCAUUAAAGGUUGACCUCCUCCGAGCUGUGCAUUACCAUGUGGCUGUAGCACUUGCCUUCUAAUGUAACGGAACCAAUCUCACGUGUGGCUAGAGGGAACUUUAGAAAUACAUGACUCUUUGAGACAAAAGGCAACGAUGGCGAAAUGAAACAAGCCAAAACACCAUCAAGUUAUGAUGCUCCGAUAUAUUGUAACAGACAUUUAGUUAACAAUUUUUUGUAUUUCCUCCCAAAGUAACCAAGUAAUUUUGAUUGCUUUUUGUUUCUUCUCGUUUUCAAAAUGCCACAAAAAUUUAAACAAAGAUAGAAAAUUAAUGCAAAAAGCUUAAUCUAAAUAAAGUAUUUAUUAUUGCUCUUUUAACCAGUAAUGAAA